AAUUGCGUGCCACUGUUUCAAAGUUGUCAAACGUCGGGCGACGUGCUUUUGCUAGUGUUCUGUGUGUACUCUGGUUCUUCCAAACCGGCUCUUGUCCAUGUGGAUGGGAUCAACAUAAGUCAGCAGUGCAGAAAAGAACUAGUAUUGCGGUUUCGAUUGGAGGAAAUACCCAUUUGAUAUUCACUGAAAAUGGCCACCGAACGCAAAGGAACCUUUAAGGUUGAAUACCUUCAGAAGAUAGAACGGGAAAUGCAGGAACGAUGGGAGCGGGAAAAACUCCACGAAGGAAAUGCUUCUGCGGAGCCGAGAAAAUCACCAGAGGAAAAGUUUUUGGUGACCUUCCCGUUUCCCUACAUGAAUGGAAGACUGCAUCUAGGUCAUACAUUCUCGCUGUCGAAGGCCGAAUUCGCGGUGCGAUAUAACAGACUGAAGGGCAAGCAGGUGCUGUUCCCAUUCGGCUUUCACUGCACUGGGAUGCCCAUCAAGGCUUGCGCUGAUAAAUUGAAGCGAGAGAUGGCAGAUUUUGGGUGUCCACCAGUGUUCCCCGAGGAAGAAAUGGUGGCGGUGGUUGAGGAAAGGGAUGUUAUCCCCAAAGAUAAGAGCAAAGGUAAGAAGAGUAAAGCGGUCGCGAAGGCAGGUGGCGCCAAGUAUCAGUGGCAGAUUAUGCAGAGCCUCGGAUUGAAGGAUGAUGACAUUAAGAAAUUCGCUGAUACGGAUCACUGGCUGGAAUAUUUUCCUCCACUGGCGAUUCAGGACUUGAAAUCAAUUGGAUGUCACAUUGAUUGGAGAAGAACGUUUAUUACGACAGAUGCGAAUCCAUUUUUCGAUUCUUUUGUUCGAUGGCAGUUUAAUCACCUAAAGUCGCGCGGAAAAAUCAUGUACGGGAAGAGGCAUACGAUUUUCUCUCCGAAGGAUGGACAACCUUGUAUGGAUCACGAUAGGUCCACAGGUGAAGGUGUUGGUCCUCAAGAGUAUACUCUAAUAAAGAUGAAAGUGUCUGGGAAGCUGCCAUCGAAGCUGAGUUCGGUUAAAGCGCCAGUUUAUCUGGUUUGUGGAACACUCAGACCCGAAACCAUGUAUGGGCAAACCAAUUGUUGGGUACAUCCUGAUAUCAAAUAUAUCGCUUUCGAGACUGCUAGGAAUGGUGAAAUUUGGAUCUGUACCCGGCGUGCCGCAAGGAACAUGUCAUAUCAAGGUUUCACUAAUGUGGAGGGAGAAAUAAAAGUAGUUGCUGAGUUGGUGGGACAGGAAAUCCUUGGCCUAGCAUUAUCGACCCCUUUGACGUCGCAUAAGGUAAUUUACACGCUUCCUAUGCUGUCCAUCAAGGAAGACAAAGGUACCGGUAUCGUGACAUCGGUUCCAUCGGAUUCUCCAGAUGAUUAUGCUGCCCUUGUGGACCUUCAGAAGAAGGCUGCUUUCCGCGAGAAGUAUUCAAUUUCCGAUGAAAUGGUUUUGCCGUAUCAACCCAUUCCGAUUAUUGAAGUUCCUGGGUUGGGAAAUCUUAGCGCUGUCACUGUCUAUGAGAAGUUCAAGAUACAAAGCCAAAAUGAUCGCGAAAAACUGCUCGAAGCCAAGGAGCUGGUUUAUUUGAAGGGUUUCUACGAUGGAGUACUGUUGGUUGGUGACCACGCCGGGAAGAAAGUGCAGGACGUUAAGAAAGAUCUCAAACAGUAUCUGGUCGAUCGCAACGAGGCGGAUGUGUACUACGAGCCGGAAAAAACAAUUAUGUCCCGUUCCGGAGAUGUUUGUGUUGUGGCCUUGUGCAAUCAGUGGUAUUUGAACUACGGCGAAGAGCACUGGCAAAAGGAGACCCUCGGUCAUCUCAACACGAUGGAAUUAUAUCACGAGGAAGUGGCGCGUAACUUUGAAAAUUGUCUCGAUUGGUUGCACGAAUACGCCUGCUCCAGAACCUACGGACUGGGAACAAAACUGCCAUGGGACGAACAGUGGUUGAUUGAGUCACUGUCGGAUUCGACAAUUUAUAUGGCGUUCUACACGGUGGUUCACUUGCUGCAGGAUGGUUCCUUCCGGGGGGAGAAACCGAGUCCUCUGGGUAUUACUGCCACCGAUAUGACCGCCGAGGUGUGGGAUUACAUCUUUUUCAGCGAUGUUAAAAUGCCGAGCAAAACGAAGAUCAAAAAGGAACAUCUCGAGCGACUGAAGAAGGAGUUCAAUUAUUGGUACCCGGUGGAUUUGCGAGUGUCGGGCAAGGAUCUCAUCCAGAACCAUCUUACCUUCUUCCUGUACAACCACGUGGCGAUGUGGCCCAAGGAUCCCUCGAAGUGGCCCCGUGGCAUUCGUUGCAACGGUCAUCUGCUGCUUAACUCGGCUAAAAUGUCCAAAUCCGAAGGUAAUUUCCUCACGCUUUACGAAGCGAUCGCAAAGUUCAGUGCCGAUGGAACCCGACUCAGCCUGGCGGAUGCCGGAGAUAGCAUCGAAGAUGCUAACUUUGUGGAGACAAGCGCCGAUGCCGGAAUUCUACGACUGUACACAUAUAUCGAGUGGGUCAAGGAGACUCUCGCUUCGAGACCACUGCUGCGGAAGGGAGCGUUGGAUGGUUUCAACGAUGUGGUUUUUAUGAGUGAGAUGAAUUUGAAAACGAAGGAAGCUGACGAAUACUAUCACAAGAUGCUGUACAAGGAAGCUCUUCGGGCUGGUUUCUUCGAGUUCCAGUCGGCAAGGGAUAAAUACCGAGAACUUUGCGGGUCAGAUGGUAUGCAUGUGGAACUGGUAAUUGAUUUCAUUCGUCGUCAGGCUCUGCUCAUCGCUCCGAUUUGUCCUCAUGUGGCAGAACAAGUCUGGCAACUACUCGGCAACAAAAACAGCAUUAUGAAAGCCGCUUGGCCAGAGGUUGGAACCAUCGAUGAGCAAAAAAUCAAAUGCUCUACCUACCUGAUGGAUGCGGCCCAUUCGUUCCGCUUGAAUCUGAAGAAUGUAUCCCAAACCAAAACAAAGGGUGGAAAAACGGCUCCCCCAGCAGUCGUUAAGCCAAGUGACGGAACUAUUUGGGUUGCGAAAUCGUUUCCACCGUGGCAAUCUUGCGUACUGGACACAAUGCGAGAACUGUUCGAGAAGGACAAGAAAUUGCCGGAUAAUAAAAUCAUUGCUGUGGAACUGGGCAAGAAGGAAAUACUGAAGAAAUACAUGAAGCGCGUAAUGCCUUUCGCUCAGAUGGUCCGUGAACGCGUUGAGUCCACCGGAGGUCCGGGCAAGAGUGCUAUGGAUGUCACACUCGAUUUCGACGAACGGGAGGUGCUGGAGAAGAACUUGGAGUACUUGAAAAAUACACUCGACCUGGAAACGCUGAAUGUGCGCUUCACCGACGAAGCGAAUGCUCCGGAGAAAAUGAAGGAGGAUGUCCGACCUGGUGUGCCGUACAUUGUUUUUACGGUGAAACCGUUCGUGGCUGUCACGCUGGAAAAUCCCGUUGAGCGAUCCGGUCUUUUCACGGUAGUCGUGCAUCUGUCCGAGGGGGACACAAGUGAGACGUUCCGACAGAAAUUAGCCAGGCAAAUUGGCUUUAAAGCUGAUUUAAAAGCGUUGGAAAUUAUGAGAUUUGAAGACCCCGUUCUGGGUCCUAGGAAAGCGCCAUCUUUCCAGGAUUAUCGUAGUGGGAAGCGAACCAUAGAGGACGGUACGUUCAACAUCGAUACAGAGAAAAAACACGUCUAUAUCACAAACGGUAAAAUUCAGAACCUGAAUGUUGGAACUAAUUUUAUUUAUGUUAUAAAUUAAGAAAGCGGAACGCAAAUCGAUAAUUAUACUUUUCGCAUAUUUGAUUGCGAUGCGGGCUCUCAUGUACAUCUACAGUUCAGUUGAAUUAA